AGAUUGCCUAGCUUCUCAAAAGUCAAACAACCCCAAAACCCACAUCUCUUCCCUUUGAAAAGUCUCCAACUUUGAACCCCUCACCAUUCACCAACCAAACUCCUGACUCUCACCCCAUUUCUUUCUCGAAUCCUCGUGAAGAAAAAAAGGCUUAACUAGGCUAAUCAAAUAUCAAAUAGUUUCUCUCUCAAGAAAAAGAAAUAUAUCAAAUAGGUUGCAGAGACACCUGAGUGUGCGCGCGCGGGGCAAGAAGGGAAGAAAAUGGCGUACGUGGACCACGCGUUCUCGAUAACUGACGAUGACAUAAUGAUGGAGACCUCGUAUACGGUGAAUAACAGGCCUCCCAUCAAGGAGAUCGCCCUCGCCGUCUCCCUCCUCCUCUUCGGUGCGUUCGGCAUCAUCGUUGGCCUCAUCAUGGCCUUCAACCACGUCGGCGGCGAUCGUGCUCAUGGGCUCUUCUUUGCAAUACUGGGGUCGAUCUUGUUCAUCCCGGGGUUUUACUAUACACGAAUUGCAUACUAUGCUUAUAAGGGAUACAAAGGCUUCUCUUUCUCCAACAUACCUGCUGUAUAAUAUGCCAUAAGUUGAAAGUUCGUUCAAGCAGGACUCCUUCUCUUGUACAGACCUUUCCUCGAAUUUACUUUUUUUAAAUAAUAAUAAUAAUAAA